UCUAGUCUCUAAAAAAAUAGAAACCCUCCCCUCCGCCCUCCACUAUCCGCGCCCCUACGCCGUUACCGCCAAGCCAUGGCCGCAACCCCGCCGCCGCCCGACGCCUUCGCCUUCUCUUCUGACGGAGAGCUCUUCGCAGCCGUCUCCGGUCGGCGAAUCCAGGUAUGGAGUACAAGAGAAGGACAAAAGAUAGCAGGAUGGACUGAUCCAAUAGCAGCCCAUGAUGAUUCAUACAGUUGCAUUGCCUGCAGCUCUGUUCAGAAGAAGCACAAAAAGGAUGGCGACCUUAUUGUUGUUGCUGUUGGCACUGCAAAUGGUGUAGUUUUAGCUCUUGAUUCUACUGGUGUUAUAUGGAAAAGUGCUUGUCACACUGGCAAGGUCAUUUCUCUUCACUUUUCGAAACAAGGGUGUGUUCUUAUUACUGCUAGCAGGGAUGGAGUUAUAUGUGAAUUGGAUACUUGGACUGGAAAAUCCAAAGACACAUUAAAAGCUUCGAAAAAGUCAAUUAAUUCUUUGACAGUUUCUCAUGGUAAGUGCAACCUUUGUCUCCAUGUGCUCUUACUUUAUGCAUACUUAACAAGAUAUCUUUAUAUUAAAGUUUCACGUGUUUGUUGUAUUCAUGAUAGGAUCUUCACUAAAAUGUUUGGGUUAUGUGUGAAGCAGUGUGAAUUACAUUAGGAAGGAUCUCAUCUGAUUUCCUUAAAUAUUUGUUCAUCAUCAUGUGGGCCUGUUAUGGACCUUGAUCCACAACAAUAUAUAUUGGGCAGAGGACUUGAAGACCAGGGACAUGGCAUUCACCCUCAACAAGGGUAGAGUGCUGGUCCCUGGUGUGGAAGCUCUAAGGCCUGUAAAAUUUUGUUUAUUUUAUUGCUCCUAUGUCGUCUCAACAUAGCCAGUCCCAAGCCCGGGUGAAGGAGGAGGGUUGUGAUAGGCUGACGACGCGCCAUAUCGGAACCCGGGUGUGCUGUCAAAUGGGCAAGGGCCGGGCCGUCACCCCCUUGUUGGCGUGCCGAAUCUUGAUCUGGAUAUGGUGACAAUUGAGCAAGGAUCAGGUCGUCACAUCCUUAGUGGUGCGCUACAUCGAUGCCCGGUGUAGUGAAAAAUGAGCAAGGGUCUUAGCAUUUGACUUGACGAGUGUGAAGGGCAAGGAAGCUAGCCCAGCCUAGGAGGACCCGCUCAGGUAGCUGGAAUGUAGAGUCCCUGACAGGUAAGCUAUGGGAGCUAGUUGAUACAGCAGUAAGGAGAGCUGCUGUUAUCCUUUGCGUCCAAGAAACCAAAUGGAGGGGACAGAAGGCGAAGGAGGUGGAGGAUACUGGCUUAAAGCUGUGGUACAUGGGGACAACUGUAAACAGAAAUGAAAUUGGUAUCUUGAUCAACAAGAGCCUCAAGUAUGGAGUGGUAGAGUCAAGAGGUGUGGGGACUGGGUUAUUCUGGUCAAGCUGGUAGUUGGGGACUUAGUUCCCAAUGUUAUUAGCGUGUAUGCCCCGCAAGUAGGCCACAAUGAGAACACCAAAAGGGAGUUCUGGGAAGGCCCCAAGGACAUGGUUAGGAGUGUACCUAUUGGCGAGAAGCUCUUCAUAGGAGGAGACCUCAAUGGCCACGUGGGUACAUCUAACACAGGUUUUGAAGGGGUGCAUGGGGGCUUUGGCUAUGGCAUCAGGAAUCAAGGAGGAGAUGCCUUUGAGCUUUGCUCUAGCCUACGACAUGAUUGUAGCUAACACCCUCUUUUAAAAAGAGAGAAUCGCAUCUAGUGACUUCUAGUAGUGGUCAACACUCUGGCCAGACUGAUUUCAUCCUCUCAAGAAAAGAAGACAGGCGUAAGCUUGUGGUGAUAUCUGGAGAGUGUUGUCCCUCAGCAUAAGCUUGAGGUGGCUGACUUCUGCUUUCGGAUUCGUGUCCAACGGGAUAAGGGCGCCAAAGUCUCUAGAACAAAGUGUUGGAAGCUCAAGGGGGAGGUAACUUAGGCUUUCAAGGAGAGGGUCAUUAAGGAGGGCCCUUGGGAGGAAGGAGGUGAUGCAGACAAUAUGUGGAUGAAGAUGGCGACUUGCAUUCAUAAGGUGGCUUCAGAGGAGUUUGGAGUGUAGAAGCGAAGCUAAAGAUACCUGGUUGUGGAAUGAUGAUGUCCAGAAGGCUACUAAGGAGAAGAAGGAUUGUUUCAGACGACUACACCUAGCUAGGAGUGCAGACAACAUAGAGAAGUACAAGGUGGCAAAGAAGGCCGCAAUGCGAGCUGUGAGGUGAAGCAAAGGGUCAGGCGUAUGAGGACCUCUACACACAAAGGAAGGCAAAAGGGACAUCUAUAAGAGGAAGACGAGGGAUGUCGACCAAGUCAAAUGCAUCAAGGAUGGAGCAGACCCACUCCUGGUGAAGGACGAGGAGAUUAAGCAUAGAUGGCGACAAGCUGUUCAAUGGAGAGAAUGAGAGCUCUACCAUUGAACUGGACGACUCCUUUGAUGGUACUAGCAGGUGUUUUGUGCAGCGAAUUCAGGAGUCUGAGGUCAGGGAGGCUUUAAAAAGGAUGAAAGAAGGCAAGGCGAUGGGCCCUGAUUGUAUCCCCAUUGAGGUGUAGAGAGGCCUCGAAGGCAUAGCAAUAAUAUGGCUAACUAAGCUUUUCAAACUCAUCUUUCGGGCUAACAAGAUGCCAUAGGAAUGGUGGCGGAGUAUAUUACUACCGAUCUUCAAGAACAAGGGGGGUGCUCAAAGUUGUACUAAUUACUGUUGAAUUAAGCUGAUGAGCCAUACAAUGAAGCUAUCGGAGAAAGUUAUUGAGCACAUUGAAGAAUGACACACACGACCAAAAAUCAGUUUGGUUUCAUGCCUGGGAGGUCAACCAUGGAAGCCAUCUUCUUGGUACAACAACUUAUGGAGAGAUAUAGGGAGCAAAGGAAGGACCUGCAUAUGGUGUUCAUUGACUUGGAGAAGGCCUACGAUAAGAUACUGCAGAAUGUUAUGUGGUGAGCCUUGGAGAAGCAUAAAGUCCCAACAAAGUACAUUACCCUCAUCAAGGCGAUAAUGUUGUGACAAGUGUUCGAACAAGUGAUGGCGACACCGACACUGAUGACUUCCUGAUUAAAAUAGGACCGCAUCAAGGGUCAGCUUUGAGCCCUUAUCUUUUUUCUUUGGUGAUGGAUGAGGUCACAAGGGAUAUACAAGGAGAUACCCCAUGGUGCUUGUCGUGGGAACGAUUCCGACAAUAAGAGGGGGGUAGGAUAAAGGAGCAUGAUCUAUCGAGAUGCAAAUGGGUGACACGGUGGUUUUAGCGAGUUCGGGCCUCUCACGGUGGAGAUAACAACCCUACGUCUCGUGCUCCAGAGAGGCUUUGUUUUAUCUGAGUAUGUAUCCGGAGAUUACAAUGUGUGUUUGAGAGAGAGAGAGAGGGGAGAGCGGAUCUCCAUGCCUGAGCUAUGUCCUGAGACUAAUGGUGAGAA